CCUUUGAAGAUGCUGACAGCGCUGUGGAUGAUCGAGAUAGUGACUACCGCAGCGAGACAAGUAACAGCAUUCCUCCGCCGUACCACACAACUGUGCAGCCCAAUGCCUCCGUGCACCAGUUCACUGUGCCGUCACGCCUGCAGCAACAAGGGGUCUUGAGGGAAACCUGUGCUAACUCCUUACAGAACUAUGAUCUGGAUUAUCAGGAGCACGUGGCCAUCAGUCCUGCUGGCAGUAGUAGAUAUGGCUCCUCUUGUAAUGUCAGCCAGGGAAGCUCUCACCUCAGUGAGCUGGACCAUUCCCAUGAAAGUGCCCAUGGCUCUGAGCAAGAAGAUGAUCACCAGGAAAGAGUCUCAAAUCAUUCCUACCACAGUUCAGGCAGCUACCAGAAGGAUAGUCAGGCGUGGCUCAGGGAGCAAGAGGAUCCUCAUGGUAAAGGAGAGGAGGAGAAGAUCUGUGAGACAGAGGAGAAACGUGCAGACCGUUCUGUAGCUCUGGAACUUGAGAAGCCCAAGGAUGUUGAUGAAGGAGCCCAAGUGAGCUACCACAGUGACAACGAGCCACUACCAUUUCCUCCAGCAAGAGCCCAUUGGAUUAGAGCUAUUAGCAAAGUUCGACUGCGCCUUCAAGAGGGUCAAGAUGAGGCUGAUCCAUCAAAACCACCCUGGCUCAAAGGAGGGCCUGCAGGUGGUCUCUAUGGCAUCGAUAGCAUGCCUGAUCUGCGCAAAAAAAAGCCAAUUCCACUUGUCAGUGAUCUGGCCAUGUCACUGGUUCAGUCCCGGAAAGCUGGAAUUACCUCAGCAAUGGCCACUAGAACAUCUCUCAAAGACGAAGAGCUGAAAUCUCAUGUCUAUAAGAAGACCUUGCAAGCCUUAAUUUACCCCAUCUCUUGUACAACCCCGCACAACUUUGAAGUGUGGACAGCCACAACACCUACCUACUGCUAUGAAUGUGAGGGGCUGCUGUGGGGUAUUGCACGGCAGGGAAUGCGCUGCGGAGAAUGUGGAGUCAAGUGCCAUGAGAAGUGCCAAGACUUGCUCAAUGCUGACUGCUUACAGAGAGCAGCAGAGAAGAGCUCAAAGCAUGGAGCUGAAGACCGAACCCAGAAUUUCAUUAUGGCAAUGAAGGAUCGCAUGAAAAUCCGGGAGCGGAACAAGCCAGAGAUCUUUGACUUGAUUAGAGAUGUGUUCUGUGAGAGCAAAUUGACACAUGCUCAGCAGAUGAAGACAGUGAAGCAGAGUGUGCUUGAUGGCACCUCAAAAUGGUCAGCCAAGAUCACAAUCACAGUGCUGUGUGCUCAGGGUCUGCAGGCCAAAGACAAGACUGGGUCCAGUGAUCCGUAUGUAACCGUUCAAGUGGGUAAAACAAAGAAGAGGACAAAAACAAUUUUUGGGAAUCUGAACCCUGUAUGGGAAGAGAAGUUUUACUUUGAGUGCCAUAAUUCUUCUGACCGGAUCAAGGUGCGAGUAUGGGAUGAAGAUGACGACAUCAAGUCUCGUGUCAAGCAGAGAUUGAAGCGCGAGUCAGAUGACUUCCUGGGGCAGACAAUCAUUGAAGUCCGUACUCUUAGUGGAGAAAUGGAUGUGUGGUACAACCUUGAAAAGCGAACAGAUAAGUCUGCAGUGUCUGGGGCUAUUCGCUUACAAAUCAGUGUGGAGAUCAAAGGCGAGGAGAAGGUGGCUCCAUAUCAUAUUCAGUACACUUGCCUUCAUGAGAACCUCUUUCACCAUCUCACAGAUGUGCAAGGGAAUGGGGUGGUGAAGAUCCCUGAUGCCAAAGGAGAUGAUGCCUGGAAGGUGUAUUUUGAUGAGACAGCUCAAGAGAUCGUGGAUGAAUUCGCAAUGCGUUACGGCAUUGAGUCAAUAUACCAGGCCAUGACGCAUUUUGCAUGUCUCUCCUCUAAAUACAUGUGUCCAGGCGUGCCAGCUGUGAUGAGCACCUUACUUGCCAAUAUCAAUGCUUAUUAUGCGCACACCACUGCCUCCACGAAUGUGUCUGCUUCAGACCGCUUUGCAGCCUCCAAUUUUGGGAAAGAACGAUUUGUGAAGCUUCUGGACCAGCUUCAUAAUUCACUUCGGAUUGAUCUCUCAAUGUACAGGAAUAACUUCCCAGCCAGCAGCCGUGAACGGCUGCAGGACCUGAAGUCUACAGUGGAUUUGCUGACCAGCAUCACUUUUUUCAGGAUGAAGGUCCAAGAGCUGCAGAGUCCACCCCGAGCCAGCCAGGUAGUGAAGGACUGCGUGAAAGCUUGCCUCAACUCCACCUAUGAGUACAUUUUCAACAACUGUCACGAGCUGUACAGUCGCGAAUACCAGACAGAUCCUAACAAAAAUCAGGACCUUCCUCCUGAGGAACAGGGCCCCAGCAUCAGGAACCUGGAUUUCUGGCCCAAGCUCAUCACUUUGAUAGUUUCCAUCAUAGAAGAGGACAAGAAUUCUUACACCCCAGUCCUGAAUCAGUUUCCUCAGGAGCUUGCUGUUGGAAAGAUCAGUGCAGAGGUGAUGUGGAGCCUUUUUGCCCAGGAUAUGAAAUAUGCCAUGGAAGAACAUGAGAAACACAGACUGUGUAAAAGUGCAGACUAUAUGAAUCUACACUUCAAAGUGAAGUGGCUGUACAAUGAAUAUGUUCGUGAUCUGCCUGCCUUCAAGGGAAAAGUGCCUGAAUAUCCAGCGUGGUUUGAACAGUUUGUGAUGCAGUGGCUGGAUGAAAAUGAAGAUGUUUCCUUAGAAUUCCUGCAUGGUGCUCUGGAGAGAGACAAAAAAGAUGGGUUUCAGCAAACAUCCGAGCAUGCUCUGUUCUCUUGCUCAGUGGUGGAUGUCUUCACCCAGCUCAAUCAGAGCUUUGAGAUCAUUAAGAAGCUGGAGUGCCCAGACCCUGUCAUUGUUGCUCAUUAUAAUAGGAGGUUUGCUAAGACUAUUGGGAAAGUGCUGAUGCAGUAUGCUGACAUCCUCUCCAAGACCUUCCAGUCUUACUGUUCCAAGGAGAAACUGCCCUGCAUUCUUAUGAAUAACGUCCAACAGCUGAGGGUGCAGCUAGAGAAGAUGUUUGAAGCCAUGGGUGGUAAAGAGUUGGAUGCAGAAGCAAGUGACCAUCUCAAAGAACUCCAGGUGAAGCUGAACAAUGUUUUGGAUGAGCUGAGUGCUGUGUUUGGUAACAGCUUUCAGACUCGUAUUGAUGAGUGUGUCAAGCAAAUGUCUGAUAUCCUCUGUCAAGUGAAAGGGACAGGAAAUGUUGCUGCUAAUGCCAGAAACACAGUUGCACAAGAUGCAGAUAAUGUCCUGAGGCCAUUGAUGGAUUUCCUGGAUGGAAACCUGACGCUGUUCGCAACCGUGUGUGAAAAGACAGUGUUGAAGCGGGUGCUGAAAGAGCUCUGGAGGGUAGUAAUGAAUACCAUGGAGAAGCUGAUUGUGCUGCCUCCUCUGACAGACCAUACGGGCACACAGUUGAUUUUCAGUGCUGCUAAGGAACUGGGACACUUGUCAAAGCUGAAGGAUCAUAUGGUGAGAGAAGAAACUAGGAGUCUCACUCCAAAGCAGUGUGCUGUUUUGGAUCUGGCACUGGAUACGAUCAAACAAUAUUUCCAUGCUGGUGGGAAUGGACUGAAGAAAACCUUCUUGGAGAAGAGUCCAGACCUGCAGUCACUUCGAUAUGCUCUCUCUCUCUACACUCAGACCACAGACACUCUCAUCAAAACCUUUGUCCAGACUCAGACAGCUCAGGUGCAUGAUGGGAAAGGUAUUAGAUUUACCGCUAAUGAGGACGUUCUUCCAGAUAAGGGCUCUGGUGUGGAUGAUCCUGUUGGGGAAGUGUCCAUACAGGUUGACCUGUAUACCCACCCUGGAACUGGUGAACACAAGGUCACGGUGAAAGUUGUGGCUGCCAACGACCUGAAGUGGCAGACAUCUGGCAUGUUCCGUCCAUUCGUGGAAAUUACCAUGAUUGGGCCCCAUCAGAGUGACAAGAAGAGGAAGUUCACAACCAAGUCAAAGAGCAACAACUGGGCUCCCAAAUACAAUGAAACCUUUCACUUCAUACUGGGGAAUGAAGAUGGUCCCGACGCCUACGAGCUCCAGGUCUGUGUGAAAGACUACUGCUUUGCUCGAGAGGACCGGGUGCUGGGGAUAGCAGUGAUGCAGCUCAGAGACAUAGCAGACAAAGGAAGCUGUGCUUGCUGGUGCCCCCUGGGACGCAGGAUUCACAUGGAUGAGACUGGACUUACAAUCCUGAGGAUUCUCUCUCAAAGAACCAAUGAUGAAGUUGCCAGAGAAUUUGUAAAGUUGAAAUCUGAGUCCCGCUCCACAGAGGAAGGCACCUGAGCUGAGCUGUGUAAUGUUCCCUUUUCUCUUCUGCCUUGUGCCAAUAUGUGCAAGUGUUCAACAAUUCUCUUUUAUGAAUCACAAAAGUUUCUUUCUUGUUGUCUUUGUCAGCUCUGAUAGCGCACGUGUGCUGUACAGGAAACAAAUCCAUCAAGCUGAUGCGAGUUAGUUAUUUUUUAGUAGCUGGGUUAAGACACUGUAGAGAAUGAGACAGUCUCUUGUUACGAUGCGAAUUCUGCUUUGUGUAUAUAAAUUAUUUUAUAUUAGAGGCUGGGUAUGCUGGGUUUUGUUGAUAUGCAGCACUGUGAUUUUAUCCUCUGAAGUUGGCAGAUGUUGAAAAGGUUCUACAUAAUCACACUAUGACACAAACACACAACUGUGUGGAAAUUGGGAGAAGAAGAAUGAUUUGGGGCUUUGGCAAAUCACAGUUCUCUCU